AUGGUGUCCAAUAGCGGCGUAGGCAGUAGCCAUGGCAGCGGUGGUACGAGCAGCAAUCGGCAUCCGCUGAUUGGUCAGCUGCGGCCCAUUUUUCAAGAGCUAGAGUCGUCUGCGCCGCAGACGUUGCCUUCCAUUAUCCUCAAGCUAGAGUACGUGAUCGAGGAAGAGAAGGACGCGUUGUUUCACCGCAACUCCAUCAAGUCCUAUACGGCCAACGCACGCAUUUUCCCAAACUGGCUGAAUGCGCAGCUGAGACACCUGUUCGAGCGGCCGCAGACGCACAUGGCGGGCGUGCAGGUGCUACGGGCGUUGCUACCAGUGGAGUACGUGGAGCUGAAUGAAAUGACGAAGCUCUUUUCGGAGCUGCUGGUACGCUGCGUACUAGAGACGGGGGACUACAAGACAGCCUUGGAAGCUGGGGAAGUGUGGGGACUGCUGCUCAACAAUGGCAGCAGUGUAGUGGAGGGCAUCAUCAACAACUGCUUACAAUUUUCGUUAGCCCUGCUGAUGCGCGGAGGGCACGAUGAGGUAUUUCUGCGCGAGGACGUGAACCAGCGCGGCGACGACAGAGGAGCGACGGCUCGACCGGGCGGGUCCCCUUUAGUGGACCUUUCACGGCUGGGCGAGAACACUCCUCUCACGGAUGAGGAUCUGUUCCCCGAGGCAACAAAGUUGUCGGGGUGCAUCUUCAUUCAGCAGCUGGUGCGCCGCGUGCCGUCAAUGAUUGCGCCGCAUGUAAACAGCAUUCUUGAGUGCCUGCGCCGUGCCAUCCUUGACGCUAACAAACUUGUGCGAGUGAGCGGCGGUGAUGCGCUCUUUCACACGCUAGCCAUCUCCUACCGCUCAACCGACCCCAAGUUCUACAGUCGUUGGCAGAACAGAUUCCUCGAAGACACGGAGCGGAGCGUCCUGUACGGAAGCGACAUAGUUUUGCAUGGAUGCCUGUUGGCCUUUAAUGCCGUGCUCUCCGCCACGGCGUUGCGUGAGGCGGAAGGGCGAGAAGUCGGCUUCUCCAAUCGGGGGCGCAAACACAUUCUGCAGUUCUGGGCGUUUGUCAAUGACAACCUUGUGAGUACCUCCCACAACGGCGAUGUGCGCGCCGAGGUGCUCAACGCAUUACCGCUGCUGGCACAGUACGAUAGCAUCACCUUCAAGGAGAUCUCGGUGAAGCAUGUGCGCGCGCUCGCGGAGGCGGUGUUCGUUGGGACUGAAGGCACAGAUGAGCGGGCAAUAGUGUUUCAGGUACUUGCGCGACUCUUCACGGUGCUGCCUAGCCUCGUCGUACCGUUUCUGGACUUUAUGAUGAAGUACAUCGAGUCGUCGUUAACACCGCACCCUCUCCGUGGCCGCUGCCCUGAGGCUGUGACGUGCUUCGCCACGCUCGCUGGCGUAGAGCCGAAUGCGGUGCGGCCCUUUCUGCGACAUCUGCUGGGGCCACUCUUCGCUGGGUCGGUGACGGAGCACUUUGCGCGCGAUGUAGCGAAAAUCUGCACAGCCUUUCCAGAGCUGCGGUCGACGUGCUUGUCCAAGGUACUGGAGGCGACCAAGGCGCAGCUGCUACGCAUGCGCAACCGACCUCGACACGCCCGUGCGUCAAGCGAGACGGAUCACAGUACGAUUGUGCACAACCUCAACUCUCUCGGAAGUCUUGACUUCACUGGAUAUUCAACGCUGCAGUUCCUGUGUGACGCCGUUAUUCGGUACGUAUCCGAUCCACACGAGGAGGUGCGCCGAAGUGCGAUCGAUCUGUGCUUCAAACUGGUCCUCUCCGGCUGCUCUCAGUCGCCAUGCGAGCGCACUGACGUCGGCGUCGUGAUUCACCGCGGCCGGGAACACGUGGGGCUGGUGAACACUGUCAUCCGGAAACUUGUAAGUGCAGCUGUUGCUGACACCGAGAGUGAUAUCCGUCUGCACACACUGGAACACCUCACCGCGGAGUUUGACUACUCACUGGCCUUGCAGAGCAUCUGCACGGCACUGUUCCCCGCCCUACAUGACCAUCAUCAGAACCGCAUCGCCGCCACUCGUCUCCUGGGCCGCCUUUCCAGUCGAAACCCAUCAUGCAUCCUCCCUAUGCUACGUUGUGUGAUGGUUCAGUGCAUUAUGGACAUUCAACUUUUCCACGCACCGAAACGGCAGGAGCAGGCGGCAGUGGUGCUGAGCGUGGUGGUGGAGUCCGCCCCUGCGAUGGCGCGCCCGUACAUCUCGUCUUUGCUGCAGGACUGCGUGAUGCGGCUACAGGAAGAGAACAAACCUGUUCCGGUGAUCACGGCACUUUUGUCGCUUGUUGGGAAGCUCGCGCGUUACGCGGAGGGCAACGACGUGGCGGUGGUUGCCGCCAUCCGACCCUGUGUUAUUCGGCACAUCCUUGACUCGUCCAGCAUCCAGAAGAAGAUCGAAGCCAUUCGCACUCUGGGAGACAUCAUCCGCACCACAAAGUACGUUGACGUGUACGAGACGAAUCCUGAGUUGCUGAGCGUUCUUCUCUCCGCUCUCCACGGCAGCUUCAAAGAAACGUGGCCCGUGCGACUGGAUGUGCUGAAGCUGAUGGGCAUUAUUGGCGCCAUCGAUCCGGUUCGUGCCAAGGAGAUCACGCGGGACUUGCGGGACGGGGGCCUGAGCAGCAGCGGCGCGGCUGCACCUUCCGCAUUGCAGUAUUCUUCCUCUCGCGGCGAAGAGGCGGUUGUGCAGAACGUUGUGAAGAACGUACUCGGCGUCCUGCAGCUGCCAUCCUUGUCGGAUGACCAAUGCUUGUGCGCUGUGCAGGUGAUUGCGAACACGCUGUCACUCAAGGAGGCAGCGAGCGGGUGUCUGACCCCGAUGUACCGCGACAUACUACAGACUGUUCUUCAGCGAAUUACUCUUCAGGCUAAGAUACGCGAGAACUUGCUCAGGGUAAUGACGCGCAUCGUGUAUCUAUACGGCCAGCACAUUCGUCCGUACAUGGGCGAGCUCAUCACCACGUGCGUCGACUUCCUUCCCGCUGCGGAGCGCGGCGUACUUGUGGAGAUACUGUGUCUGCUGAGCGAGAUGCGCCGCUCGCUGCGUGAGGAGUUCUGCCCGUCGCUCUCGCUGGUGUUGCCGCCGCUCCUCCAGACGGUGCAGGCGGACGCCGCGCACUCCAGCGAGCCUGUGUUUGCCUUCCUCGUCGAUAUGGGACAUUUGCUUGAUGACCACCUCCACAACGUUGUGCCGUGUGCCUGCGAGGUGGCAAGUAACCCUGCCUAUCCUGUGGCAUGCCGUGCGGCGGCUGUGGACGCCAUUCGGCACUUUGCUCGUCGACUGCCGCACCUUGUGUUCCACGCAUCGCGCUGCAUGCACUGUCUGUGCCGGGUGCUGAGGGAGAUGGAGUCGCAUCCCCUGCUGUUUGUGCAUCAACCACGAGGGUCUGCGGAUACGGCUCAUCGCCGCCCUGUUGCCGAACUGGCGGCUGGUGGAGGCACGGCGGCUGCGGACGUGCGUACCUUUGUCGCUGUUACUCUGGAUGCAGUGCGCGACGUGAGCCGAAACCUCGGUAGCGACUUCGAGAAGUACACCCCUCUGGUGUUUCCACUGCUGGAGGCCUACGGCGAGGACGGGCAGGAAGUAAAGUCGUCUAUCCUUAGUACCCUACGCACGAACGGCUGCGUGGCGGCACCCGAGAGCACUCAAGAGCAAGAGGCCGAGGCUGCCGCUCGGUAUCGCGUCAGCACUCAGGAGCUGGCUCAGCGGCGCAAGGCUGCGCUGGAGGAUAACUUUGCGCAGCUUCGCAGCGUCCUUGUCGCACGCGACCGAGUGACCGAGGAGGAGUGGAGCAUGUGGCUGAAACAGCUGGCAGUGGAGCUGCUACGGUCGAGUCCGUCGAACGCGCAUGGCUUCGCCUUUGCCCUUGCUCAGCUGCACGAGCCCUUUGCGAGGCAUAUGCUGCACUCCGCCUUCGCUGUAUGCUACGCUGAAAUGGCGCCGAAGACGAAGGAUCUGGUUCGCACUCUUCUCGGCAACGUACUUCGCAGCGACCGCGUGCCGUCAGAAGUGCUGCAGGAGCUGCUGAACUUGUCAGAGUAUAUGGAGCGACUGGAGAUGCGCUUUAACCCCAAAGAGGGCUCACACAGCACGUACGCCGGGCUUCUGUUUGAUUUGAAGACGCUGAUGGAGAGCAGCGAGCGGUGCAAUUUAUACGCCAAGGCGCUGCACUACGUCGAGAUUCAGUUCUACGAGGCAACGUACGAGUACGAGCGCAACGUGAUGCGCGGUCAGGUCCACCCACUGCUGCCGGAGGAAUGGAGUAGGCUUCUACAGUGGUGUGAGAAGAGCAUCUACUUGUGCAAUCUGCUAGGACUGCGCGAGAGCGCGGAGGGCAUGCUGAAGUACAUUCAGCGCAACUUUUCUUUUCUGACCGGCAAGCCCCCGUCAGAGUUACCACUCAUGAUGGACGCGCAGCUCCUUGAGAAGUUGCAGUGGUGGUCGCAGAGUCUGCGGGCGUAUGAGAAGGGUCUGCAGGAGGAGCCGAACAAGUUCAGUAACAUGGUUGGUUUCAUGCGCUCUCUCGACAACCUCGGCGACUAUGGUCGACUACUGGAGUCAUGGAAGCUAUUCCACCCUCACAUUACGCGUAAGGAGGCCUCUGAGCUGGCCCCAUACGGUGCCCACGCGGCGUGGCUGCUGCGGUGCUGGGAGGACAUGGAGAAGAUCACAGCCUACAUGACCGAUGACGGCUAUAUUGGCACGACUGCCGUCUUUUACCGUGCCGUGCUCGCCACUCACAAGCUUCAGUUCCACGACGCCGUGCCGCUAAUUCAAAAUUGCCGCAAGCGACUCGACUCAACGCUGUCGGCACUCGUCGCGGAAAGUUACGACCGCGCCUACGGUCUGUUUGUCGGUAUUCAGCAACUGAGUGAGCUGGAGGAGCUCGCAUUUGUCUCCGUCAAUCCGCAAGGCCUCAACCACUGGCAGGAGUUGUGGGAGAAACGGCUGGCUGCCAUGGCCUAUGAAGGCUGGCCCGGUACACUUGCUAACCACACGCUUGUCAUUCCACUGGGGCAGGAGCUGGAGAUGUGGCUGCGGUUUGUGUCGCUCUCGCGCGUGCACGGCCGCGACCGCACAUCGCGCGACAUUCUGUUCGAGCUUCUGGGCAAGCGGAGCAUAGCGGCCGCGCUGGAACAGCCGCGGCUGCCGCAACCCCCCAUUGCCCUCGCUACCUGCCAGCACUUCUACGACAUUAACGAGCGCGAAAGGGCGGUCGAGCUACUUGAGACGUACCUGAAGAAGAUGGACCAGGCGGCCCCCUCGCUACCGGACACCGGGGACAGUCAGGCGAGCCUGGCCAUGUGUCAUGCAAAACUGGCGAGCUGGCUCUUCACCGUGGCGAAGAAGAAGCGGCACAAUAUGGACGCGCACUAUCGCGAGUACAUCCGUCACCACCUCGAGAAGGCGACCAGCCUUGACAGCACUAACGGUAGGAUUUGGCACACAUGGGCGCGUUUCAACCACGACCUUGUCACACAUCGUUCCCGCGGUGCGGCGAGCGAUGUGCGCCGCGACGAGUACGUUGAACACAUCGUGGCUGCCAUGGACGGCUACGUUCGGAGCGUGUCUUUUUCUCAGGAGCUCGAGGACAUGCUAGGGUUUCUCUCCUUGUGGUUCAUUCAUGCCGCGCUGCCGCAGGUGCAGGACAACGUGACGCUGCAGGCGGAGAUUCUCCAGGUGAGUCCGACGGUGUGGCUCAAGGUUAUUCCGCAAAUCAUCGCCCGCCUGCACUCGCGCGACGCAGUUGUGUCGGAGUCCGUCUUUCAGCUGCUCACCAUUGUCGCCAAGGCGCACCCGCAAGCGCUCUUGUACAGCCUCAACGUGACGCUGAACUCUAGCGUGCGGAGUGCAGAGAGCAACACAGCGGAGCAGAUGGAGCGCAAGCAGGCGGCUCAGCGGUUGCUUGGCCGCAUCAAGGAGAUGCACAAUAAUGGCCGCAUGAUGGUCAAAGACGCUGCCCUUGUCUGCCAGGAACUCGUGCGGUGCGCUGUGCUCUGGACAGAACUUUGGUUUGACGAGCUCGAGCGAGCAUGGUUUCAGUGGGGGCGCGACAAGAACGCCCACAGCGUGCUUCUUGCGCUUCAGCCGCUGCUUGAGCAUCUGUCGCACCCCGAUACACUUGCCGAGUCGCACUUUGUGACCGAGUUUGGCGACUUGCUCAGCGGCGCCUGCGAGUGCGUCGAGAAGGCUUUGUCGACCGGAAACAACGUCUACAUGGAGGAGGCGUGGAACCGCUUCAAGACGGCGGUGAAGCGGAUGGAUGAACAGAUCAACGGCAUGACGUCCCUCGCCCUUCAGCUCGUGAGCCCGCGUCUGAUUCAGAGCGGCAAGGACCUGUCACUGGUGGUGCCGGGGCAGUACAGCGAUACCGGCGUGUACCCGCACAUCUCCUCCUUUCAAAGCACGCUGAAGGUGAUGAACUCCAAGCAGCACCCGCGUCGCCUCUAUAUGACCGGCACGGACGGCGUCUUGUACAAGUUUCUCCUCAAAGGCCACGAAGACCUGCGGCUCGACGAGCGCGUUAUGCAGCUGCUGGCUUUCGUGAACACACUGCUGGAGAAGCACUCGGCUAUCCAGCGCCGCGACUGCAUGAUCCAGGUCUUCUCCGUCACCCCUCUCAGCGAGAACGCUGGGCUGGUGGGGUGGGUCGACAACUGCGACACACUGCAUCAGCUCAUCAAGGACUACCGUGUGCACUCCAAAUACCUCUCGAUCGAGGUGAAUUUGAUGCUGAGCUUCAACGUUGACCUGGACCGGCUUCAGGUGAUCCAACAUGUGGAGCCGUUCGAGUUCGCGUUGGAGCAGACAGAGGGCGCCGACCUCGCCAACUCGCUCUGGAUGCGCGCGCCAAGCGCUGAGUCGUGGUUGGACCGCCGCACCACGUAUGUCUGUUCACUUGCCACCAUGUCCAUGGUUGGUCACAUUCUGGGCCUCGGGGACCGUCAUCCAUCGAACCUAAUGAUCCACUCCUUCAGCGGUCGCGUCGUGCACAUCGACUUUGGCGACUGCUUCGAUGUGGCGCAGAACCGAAGCGCAUUCCCAGAGAAGGUGCCAUUCCGACUGACUCGAAUGCUGGUCAAGGCGAUGGAGAUGGGCGGCAUCGACGGACUUUUCCGCCAUGGUUGCAUCACGGUGAUGGGCGUACUGCGUGAGGAGGGCAGCAGUAUUCUGGCGCUGUUGGAGGCGUUUGUGCACGACCCCCUCGUGUCGUGGUGGCGCGAUGAGUCGGAGGACGGGGCAGUUGCAUCUGCUGUCGUCGCGUCGGCAGCGCCGAGCAGCAGCAUGCCGUCUAUCGCCGCACCGGCACCACUCAGCCACUACUCGCAGCGCGCCGCCUACGCGGCUAUCGGGGAGUCCUUUCACAAGUCUCGCACUGCCUUUCCCUCUCUCACGCCGGCAUCGCGCUUGUCGGUGUCGUGUGGUCGCUCCUUACGCGCCCCACAGGCUUCGGUCGCUUCCCGCGUGCGUGCUUCACCUCCCCUUGUUUCCAGCAGCCAGUCGUCAGAUAUUUUGAGCAACAUGUCAGUCAACCACACCAGCGAAGCAAAGAAAGUGGUCAAUCGCAUUCGCGAAAAGCUCGAGGGCCGCGAGUUUGCUGGGUGGCAGCUCCAAGCCAACGCCUUGUCUCACGCGGCAGGUGGCGUGGGUGUGGCCAUGAAGGAGGGGGCGGGGGAGGAGCCGAUGACCAGUGCUCGCUUGGGCAGCGACGCGUCAGCAGCACCAAUGGCGAGCGGCGAAGACGGGCUUUCUGUUCAGGCGCAGGUGACUCGGCUCAUCUCGGAGGCCACCUCCAACGAGAACUUGUGUGUCCACUUUCAAGGCUGGUGCCCGUUCUGGUGA